GCAGCACUGUAGCCCUCUUGUUGCGUCGAUGCGGUACCGCGCUUAUCUUAGAUACUUGGAUUGUUGCUGAUAUGCAUUGCUGGUGCAGUAGCCUGAAUUGGCAACUGCCGAUGAGCUUCACGUGUUUUCAGAAGAUGUGAAUUGGAAUGGACUUGGAAGUGGCACUACCGUAAAUGUGUUGAUCCCGUCGUCAUCACCGGUUUUGUAGAUCGUCAAAGUGUGUGAGUGAGUGCUCACCGACUGAGUGCUUGCAAGGUUGGGUAUGCUGAAAUGGUAGCAUUCUUAAUGCGUUAGUAUAUUGCCCGAGGAGAAAUCUGGGAAUAGCCAGCCCAGGUUCGGUAUUUUCCGUGAGAAUUCGCUGGCUGGCAUGAAUCUCCUUGCACGAUGGAUGGUAUUGUGACAGCUAGGUACAAAUCAGUCCAGGAAUUUGGGUCAGCUUCUGUCAUUUGUUACCCCUUGGACCUCAGCAGAAAGCUCGUGACUAGCUCAGUGUCUUUUCCGCAUUACAAUACGUAGGAUGGGAAGUUUAGAACUCUUAAUAAUGUGGCAAGAGGAAAACUCUCGUCAGUAGAUGGAAUGACAGUAAAGAUUUUCGAAUAUCCUAUCCGUUAGCAUAUGCAGACAUGGAUUCAAGAUAUUGACGAGGGUUACAAGCAAAUUGGCCACCAGUGUGGGAAUGGUUCCUUGGGGUGCAAGAGGGUUUGAGAGUCAUAAACAUGUGGAUCAACUGUUGCUUAGUCAGUCACAACUUGUGAGAAAUUUAUGGAUUAUUCCUGAAAAGAUAAUUUGGAUGCUAAUGGCUCGCUACACCUGGGGGUAUCUACAUGAUUUUGUAUAGGUGGGAGAGACCUUUCAGUACCAAAUCCAGCAAGUUCUGUCCGAGGAUCUACUCGCAGCGCGGCCGCUGCAGCGCCCAGGCUGUGAGCAUGCCACUGCCCUAGCUGCUUCAAUGUUCCAGAUUGGACCCCAGCUUAGUUGUCAUCAGAAUACAGCAGCAAACAAUCCUACUAAUUUGGAGUCGCAACAGCUUUCUCAUAGAAUGUGGUCCGAAAGCACUGAAGAAAUCUCUCCUCAACGUUUAGACGAUCUCAACCAGCCCUUUCAGUCGGAGUUAACUCUAUCAGACCAGGUGUGGAGCUGCUCUUGCAGGUCAGCAAUUAGCCAAAGCCUGAGUCCAAACCCUGGCAUUUACAUGCACGACCAGUCAGAUACUCAACUGAAUUCCGGCACUGACACAAUCACGAAGGAAAAUUUGUUUAGGUUAAACAGUGGCACAAUCCCACCAGCGACGUUGGACAUGACGAGCCCUAAUGCAUUAGCGAAUUGGGCGCUUUCUGAGGUUGAUUUUCGUGACAGUCAGAAUGUAAAUCAGAGGAGCAUGACACGACCCACCAGCCAUGGGUUGAUAAUUCCUCAAGCUGAUCAAUAUCGUUCAUGGUCGGGUGCGGCAACUUCCUCCAGCAUGAGCAGCCAAGGGGAUUCGACUGCAAGAUUCUCAGGCUCUCCUGAACCGCAGCAACCUCAAAUGCGACUUAAUCCUCCUUCCAACUCAGGAAGCUCUACGCUGGACAGGGCGUCAUGCUCAGACAGACUAUCUAGUCAGUUCACCGCAAAUAUAAGACGGACAACGUCUUGUGGCGACCAACAUGAAAUCCAGAAAGCGCUCAGCUUCUUUGAAGCUCAAGAAAAGCAGGAGCAGUGGAGACAACAACCAAACAUACAACUCGAUCCAGCUUUGACUCAAGCUGCCAACUUGAACGAUAAGGUGGACGUUCAAAAGAUGCGUCUCUCGUCUAGUGCGCAGCAGGGAAACAUAAGACUCCCUGCUCAGUACGAAUCCACUAAUGUUCAAAAGUUUCCGUCUCAGGCAUGGCAGCAUGACCCAGCCAGCUUGCAGAAGAGUAUUGUUGACCCACCAAUUCAACUGCCGCAAAGUAGCAAUGCCAGUCUCGUGAACCAGGCUUCUGACUUUUCUGGGUCACUGCUACGGACACAUUCCUUGUCUGAACCAGAGGUGGUUAAAGAGGUCGAUACGUAUCACCUGGAGGUUGCCGACAUAUCUUGUGACCAAGCUCCAAACAUGCAACAUGAGCCUAGGGCACUAGCCAGUGCUGUUACGCAGAAUAUCACGUCCAAUUUAAGGGGUCGCAGAAGGUGGGGAGCGGAGCACGGGAGCAUUCGUGGUUCAGGCCCGAUACAUGCUGGUCAUGAUGAAGCUGCCAUCAACCACAUGCUGGCAGAAAGACGCCGGAGAGUGAAGCAGAAGGAAAACUUCGCGGCAUUGAGAAGACUGGUUCCCAUAAUCUCGAAGGCAGACAAAGCAUCCACCUUGGUUGAUGCAAUCACCUACCUCAAGGACCUGCAGAAGGAAGUCGAAGAGUUGAAGGCAAGCAAGGAGAACAUCGAGCAAAGAUACGAGACGCUUGACAAGAGGUGUAAGGAGCUUGAGGACCGGAACCGACAGCUGGUUGCGACGCUUUCCAAGGACCAGUCAAACAGCUUUAACAAUCUCAAUUCCAUGAAGUCCAUCUAGCUCAACCUGUCUGUUAGUUUAAAUCCAUCACUUUGAGCUUUGCAGGCAGUAUAUCAUAUACCCCCAUUACAACGAUUCCUGCACACAGAUCUAGUGGGGCUCCGUGCUCCCAUUUGAAGAGCUGCACUGAGAUUUGCAGUGAAACCCUUUGAUUCGAAACACGACCUAAGUUAUUUGCACACAGCCUGGCCAUGUAGAUGUAACAAACACCUUCGACAUUGAACCUUUGACUGUCAGCCUCACAGAUAUCCAAAUCAGACCCCGUUUUGCCGUUGAUCAGAAAUCAAUCGACUAGCAGGUGGGCCAUGGAGAUUUGCAACGACGAAUUAGACAUGUUUCGUUUCCAAAGUACUUCAAAGCAACUUGUAGAUGGUUUUUUUGACAGCAGUUGUUGUGGUAACAAAUGACACUCUGCUAUUCCGAGUGUGGAAUGAAAGUUAUGAUUUUUUUAAUUGUGAUUAUUGAGUUUGGGAUUAAUAUUUACAUGUCUUUCAAGUUGCUAUUCAA